GCCCGCCGUGUUUGGUGCAGAAAUCGUGCUGUGUUCACUUCGUUUUUGUGUAAAUUGGAAGUAUUAACAGUCUUCGAGCAGGCGAGCAAGCACAAAUACAAAAUCAGUCAAGUUGAGAGAAUCAAUUUACUUGUAAUAUAAAGGAUCGAGAUCUUAAAAUCAUGUCAAGUAGAAGUGAUUGCGUUCUUGAGUUCAGCGAUCCCGUACGAGAAGCGUCCGAAGCAACCUGUUCAAACCCUUACCAUGAAACUGAAAACCCGCAGGGUAUAGUGGAUCUGUGUAUGUCGCAGAAUACUCUUAUUUCUGAUCUUAUUCUUGAAAAGUUACAACAGCCAGAAUUGUUGAAAUGGGAGAAGACGAUGCUGACAUAUACAGAGAGAAGAGGGACGGCAAGAUUGAGAGUUGCCAUUGCAAAACUUUUAGAAGACCAGACUGGCUCUCCGCAACAGAUAGAUCCAGAUAAGAUGUGCAUUAUGAAUGGGGUUACUGGAGUGAUGAACUUACUGACCUAUGUUUUAUUUGAAGAAGGAGAUACGGUUCUAUGUCCUGCUCCAUUUUAUUACUCUAUCCCAAGGGAUAUCAUGUACAUCUCCAAGAUCAAAGUCUAUCCAGUCCCACUCAGCAGCAAGCCAGGGGAGAAUGGAUUGAAACCAUUUGAGUUGACUGUUGACCAUCUUGAGAAAGCACUUGAAAAGGCAAGAAAAGAGGUGAGUGCUUUAGAUUAUUGACGACUUAGCUAAUUCAAGUUAAUUAUAGUGUCAUCACCCCAGUCAUUGGAUUCUGGCAUGCCCGCAUACAACGUAUGGAUUUUCUCCAUCCCUGGGGGGCAUUCCAACAAGAGUUCCAAGACUCAAUUGCUAGGUAUACUACAUACCGGUAGGCUUUCGUAUCCUAACGAGUACCCAUUUAACACCUGGGUGGAGAGUGGCAAAGUGUGGAUUGACGCUAUGCCAGAGCACGCAAGGCUGCGGUGGGAUUCGAACACACAACCCUCUGACUACAAGACGAGAGUCAGAACCACUACACCGAGAGGCUUCCAAGAUCCAAAGUGUAAUGAAAUUGGUUAUUUUGCAUCCUUGGAACCCCUUCUGUACAAUUUAAUUUU